CGUUCAGUCCAACACAGGGGGGCGGAGACACAGCGCUGAGAUGGGCGGAGACUCGUUUCUGAUUGGCCAGCGUGCGUUCUUCGCUUCAGCCAGGAUUUUGUCCGGAAGAACUCCCGUUAACCGAGCGCUGUUUGCUGGGCGGCAGAUUUCGUGCGUUGUGAACGUAAUGGGCAUGCCGUAGUUCUACUAUUAUUGUUAUUCAGAUGAUUUGAAGUUUUUUUUUUGUGCGAGUCUGUGAUAGUUUAUUACUAGCUGGUUGACAACGGUAGCAUUAAUGUCUGUCCGAUCAGACCUUCAUUGAGGUUAAUAGUUACGUGACUUGUCUUGUAACUAAGGUGAAGAUAUGAGGCGAUCCAGAACAGCGUCAACGACACGAGCCUAGAAUGGAAUCAUUCAUGGAUAACUUCAGGGAGAGGAGUGAACUGGAACGGGAGUGGCUGCAAGAGCUAUUCGUGUUCGUGAGGGACAAUCUGUACCCGGUUCUCGGUCCAUCCACCGGUAGUGUUUCCCCGGAACAGCUCUCGCUAGCCAUGAUACGGAGAGUGGAACGGGCGGUGGGGUCCUCGUGUGCCCGGUCUCUGCCGCUCAGUUACAGGCUCAUCUCCGUAUCCGAGCUGGUUACCUGGCAACGCACACCCUGCUGUAGCAACCUGACCUGGAGCACCGCCCAGCACAGAGAAUGGGUCCGGGAGGCGGAGCAGGCUCUGCCCAAUCACAAGGCUUUGCCGCGUGCCAACCUGUUGCUGAUAGGCUGUCUCAGUGAUGGGUGUGACCCAGAGAGGUCAUGUGACGGAGCGUGGCGUGUGAGGGAUGCCACCGGGACCGUGCACUGUGAGCUACUGAGCCCCUCCCCUCUCUGGCUGGGCCUGCCUGUUCUCUUCCCCUGCUGGAACUACAUCCCCCAGCCUGCACCGGGGAAGGACCAGGAAGUGGAGGAGAGGGGCUACCUGGAGCUAGUUGGCUGUCCCCUACCCCUGACCUCUGACCCUGAGAUGACCUUUAACCCUGCAGGGGUCAACCUGAAGAGAUCUGUGGGGGUCAGAGAAGCUGCAGGACUGAUACAGCACAGGGUGCGAGGCCUUCGUGUAAAGGUGUAUGGGGAGGUUUCUGGAGUAUACCCUCGACUGAACAUCGCAGGGAAGUCCUUCUUCUGUCUCCGUCUGAGAGAGGGACGACACACACUGCCAUUACUGGUCACGGAGCCGUGCUGUCUGUGGUGGCAGCAGUGUGUGUGUGUGGGAGGGAGUGUGUGUGUGUCAGGGCUGCGUGUGUGUGCACUGCAGGGCUGGUCUGGGAACAGGGUUCUGUGUGCGACGAGUCAGUCUUCUCUCACUUUGCUUCCUGCCACACUGAUCCAGGACCUGUCUGAUCCACCCACGUUGGACAUGUACACCCCAGAUCUAGACACAGACACUGUGGGGUUCGAUCCACCGCCGUCUGACUGCACUAGUACUGAGUGUCCUCUCCCAGAGAGAGAGAGACAGGGAGCUGGGCCAGACCCGUCUCCCAGCCUGAGGCCCAGACUCUCCAAGACUAUCAGCUACAAGGGCGUGUUGACCAGCGUUCUGAGUGCAGCAGCGGGGCUUUAUGUGAUUGACGGGAAGGUUGGCUUGUGUUUGGCCUAUCAGCCACUGCAGAGGCGUGGCCUGCGUCCGGGAGCGGAGAUAGAACUCCAUGAUGUCCAUUUCCUUUACCGCCCCUCGCCCCACUUCCAUCCCAGCAUGCUCUGCGUCUGUCUACGCUCCAGUCUGCGUGUCACUUCCUUCAGCCGCCUGGGGUCAGAGGUCGACCGCCCUAGCGACGCCCCGCUGCCGUCGCUACUGCUGGAGAGGAAUCUGGGCGUGUCUCAGUACCUGUGGCUCUGUCACUGCUGCAGAGCUCUAAGAGACAGACUGGUCCCUCGCUGGGUGAAAGAGGAGUGUGUGUAUGUGGUGGCUAGGAGGCUGCUUGAGUGUGUGGUAACGUCAGAGAAGGGGGGAGGAAGAGGAGGGAGGAGAGACAUCUAUAGAGAGAUGCUACAGGAGCCACACCACUGUCCCCUCACUGAGGUACAAACACUGUUUCAAAUCAUAUUCUCUGUCAAUAUGAAUAACGUUAUCAGGGAUGUCAUUCUGACAAUCUCAGAGAUACCUUACGAGGUCAACAAUUAA